AUGCAGAAUUAUGGUCACCAGACUGGUUACGUUGCUCAUCAUCCACAUGAGACUUAUUCCACCGAAGACGAAGGAGAGGAUGGCGAAGAAACUAAUGCCACGGCAACUAGAUGGCCUGGUGGAGUUGAUCACGGUCCUCAUCAUCAUACUACAAUUCCUCGAAUCGAACUCCCUCAAAAUUCGACGCCACCUUCAGAACCUAGCUCACCUCCCCCGGCUCAAAAUUCCGCUCAAUCCGCCUCAGAUGCAGCUGCCGUUAGUUCACUUGGUGCUUCAAUUCGUGCGGGUGGUGGUCCAACGCUUAGUGGAAUUGCUGGCAUUGCAGCCGCUGCUGCGACGCAACAAGGCAAACCACUAAACCUCACAAAUCUCGCCUUGGUAGCACAGACCAAUGCUCGAAAGCGACCUGCUUCAAGAGCACAGGCUGCUGGUGCCAGACCUCAAAGAGCCCUUUUUUGCCUCAGUCUACGAAAUCCCAUUCGUAAAAUGUGCAUAGGAAUUGUCGAGUGGAAACCUUUCGAAUAUCUUAUCCUGAUUACAAUUUUGGGAAAUUGUUUUGCUCUUGGAUCUCACACCCCAUAUCCAGAUGCGGAUUCUAACGGAACAAAUUCUAUUUUGGCAAGUUUAAUAACCGCUUAUUGUUUAAAUUAA